AUGACCGCCCCAACAUCACAUGCCGAAGCAGCCUCAUACCGUGCCUCCGGUUUCGCAAACCGCCUCGGAUGGGGCCAGAAACCAGCCCUCCUCCUCAUAGACGUCUGUAAAGCUUACUUCCAUCCCACUUCCCCUCUAUCCCUGCUCUCCAACCCCGCCGCCUCAGCUUCCCCGGAUGUGAUGCGGAACUUACUCUCAGCCGCCCGCUCAUCUCCCGACAACAUUCCCAUCAUAUGGACCAAAGUCGCAUAUGGAGAUAUGGCGGAAGCAGGCAUCUUCUACCACAAAGCCAAAGUCCUGGAAGUUUUCCAUCAUGACGAUCCGAGAGGUUUGGGAGAUUGGAUCGAAGGUUUGGAACCCAGGGAGGGAGAGACGGUGGUGACGAAGAAGUAUCCCUCGGCGUUUUUCGGGACGGAUUUGGAGAAGAUGUUGAGGGAAGAGGGUGUAGAUUCGGUGGUUGUUUGUGGGGUUAGUACGAGUGGGUGUGUGAGAGCUAGUGUGCUUGAUGCUUUGUGUUAUGGAUUUCGGCCGAUGGUUGUGGAGACUGCGUGUGGAGAUCGAAGUCCCGAGAUUCAUAAUGCGAAUGUUUUUGAUAUGGAUUCAAAAAUGGCGGAUGUUGUUACUGAGGAGGAGGCCGUGGAGCGGCUGAGGGCUGGGUUAGUGGCGGGKUGA